AUGUAUCUAUCGGCCGAGCUUCCUUCGGACCCAGCCACGAUCCGAGCGGUGCCGGUACAGCCCGGGUCAGACGCACAGAUCGGUGCCACGAGUGAGCCGGCGACACCGGCAGACGAUCAUGAAGCCGAAUGUCUGGUGAACGUCAACACCGAGCAUCGAGUCACCUAUCUGAUGAUGUCUUGUCUGGUCGCCAUCUUUAUCAACCUUCCAUUUGGUGGAAUGGCUCUGGUCUGUUCAAUCCGGUCGCAUCAGCUGCUCGGCCUCUCGGGACGCCUGCCUCAACGCAGUGCUGGGGCCGGCCUCCUGUUCGCCUCCGCCUUCAUCCCAAAACGCAACUACCGCGCCUCCCUGUGGUACGGCCGGACUGCUCUGAUCCUCAAUCUACUCGGAAUUGUGACCACCUCGGGUCUGCUGAUCGCAACCUUCGUUUAUCUGGGAUUGUAUCCCGACGUCUACUAUUCCAUGGUCUCGCAGAUUAGACAAUAA